AUGACCACGACAACGUCAUCGGCGCUUGGUGAUCUCGAUAUUUUGUCAGUAUAUUUCAAUGACUCUGCAGAUACUUUAGGAGAAAUAAUUGUGUCGCUUAUGGCCCCACAGGACCAAUUAGCGGCGCGUACCGUUUAUUUUAUAGACGCGAUGGAUCGUUUUCCCUUAAACAAAUUCCGAGAAAAGCUGCCGCCCAGGACGGAACCCGAGAUUUACGAUAGAAUACGCGUUAUAGUCUGUCUCGAUAUGCAAGAAUUGGCCACAUUGGUCCAAAAACUUGUCCAAACGGCCCAACGGGAUCGCAUCGCAAGCCAGGUUGGUUCUGGUGCUCACCAAGGCCGCGUGAUAAUCAUCUUGAACGGCCUCGAGAUUAUGUUCCGGAACUCGUCUUUACGCAGUGCUGUGCAGGCGCACGCUGUGCUCAAGGACUGUAUGCUCAGGCUUCGCACGGCAGGGAAUGCCAGUUCCGAGUUCAGAACUUUGGUCGUGUUUCCCGCAGAUCAAAACUCGCAGAUUUCAGCUACCGACCAAAACCAGGCCAAGUCCGCACUGCCACGCAAACGACCCAAACGCAAUUCGGCAGAGGGAAACCCGUUUUCCACCUACCUUUGCAAAUACUACGCGGACUGCAUAUUGUGA